GGAGAGAAAGUCGUCCAUCGCGCAACAAGACACUCUGUGGUUGCAUUGAGCGGGAGCUGUUUCAGGGGUUUGCAGGCGAUGCUGUCCCCUCAGAGGAGAUGGCUCCAGGACCAGCUUCUCAGCUACAUCUCCUUGUGCAUACGAAGAAUAUUCCACAGAAAGUGUCACUUUCUGUUGAUAUUACUGUUUCUGAUUGUUGCCUGCAUUGCCAUUCAGACAUUACUACUCUACCAAGAAAGGUUUGACAAGAUCCCACAUGCAAAUUUUACCCCUAUUAACAAACACUCUUUCCUACACCUGCAAAAUAUCUUGAUGGACACCCAUACACAGUCUACACUCAGAGAAAUGCAGGAUGUGACAUCAGCACAGACUGAAAUAAAUGCAAGGCUUCAUUAUCAAAAUGAGCAAAAUGGAAAACCAGAAACUGAUACUCCAUCAAAAAGUGUGGAUAUAACCAUCUCCCAUUCCAAAGGCUCGAAGACCAGUGGUAUUUCACCAGAAAGAUUUUUACUGCUAGAUCAUAAAAACAGACUAAAGACUGGACUUGCAGAUUCUUUGGCUCCAGAGAGUGCUGGAAAGAGUUCCAUUGCUAGCAAAGACACUAACCGCGCCAACACACCCUCUUCAUCAAAUUCAGUCGAAGAAAACACUACAAAUGUUUAUACAGAGAGGAAGUGUCUGCCCACAUCUCACAUUGUUUUUCUCAAGACACACAAGACAGCAAGCAGUACCAUUCUAAACAUCCUAUACCGCUAUGGGGAAAGCAGGAACUUGACAUUUGCACUUCCCCGCAACAAACAAAAACAGCUUUCUUACCCCCACUUUUUUACUUCAAAUUUUGUGGAAGGUGUCGGCAGCAGAAACAUGAAGGAGUUUCACAUCCUGUGCAAUCACAUGAGGUUUAGAAAAACUGAGGUGGCAAAGGUAAUGCCUGCCGAUUCAUUCUACUUCUCCAUCAUAAGGAAUCCAGUGGACAUGAUGGAUUCCAUCUUUAUCUACUACAAAAGUAUCCCAGCCUUUCACAAGACUUCAAGCCUGGAUGACUUCCUCAACAAGAGUUCCCAAAACUACAAUUCAUCAGUUCCUAGUAACCAUUAUGCUCACAAUAUUUUAGCCUUUGACUUUGGCUUUGACAACAAUGUUACCGCAGAUUCUAAAGACUUGGAAGAAAAAAGUAACACGUCUAUAGCUGCAAUUGAACAAGACUUCCACCUGAUUCUCGUAUUGGAAUACUUUGAAGAGUCUAUGAUCUUGCUCAAACACACCCUUUGUUGGUCCCUGGAUGACAUUCUCUCCUUCAAGUUGAACAGUCGCAGCCAACGCACGCGUGGCCCACUUUUACCAACCACUGCAGACAAAAUUAAAAGGUGGAAUGCUCUAGACUGGCGAAUCUACCUGCAUUUCAACAGGACUUUUUGGCACAAAGUGGACACUCUUGUUGGACGAGACCAAAUGAAAGUUGAAGUUGCUCAACUGAAAAAAAGGCAGGCUGAAUUAGCGAACAAGUGUCUGAAAGAUGGCGGGCCUGUAGACCCGCUUCAGGUAAAAGAAGCUAGAUUAAAGCCGUUUCAGUAUGGAGCGGCUGUCAUCCAAGGUUAUAACCUUAAUCCAAACAUGACAGCAGAAUCUAAAAUUAAAUGUGAGAGACUGAUAACACCAGAACUGCAGUAUACAGAUAUUCUGUAUGCCCGACAGUUCCCCGAGUUAGCAGCUAAGCGCAAAAAAGCAAAGGCUGCAAUAAAAAGUCAGAAAUUGGAAAUAACACAUUUGACAGGAAAACCAUUGGAAAGGACACCUUGAGAGAAGCAUACAAUUUAUACAAACCUCUACAAUCAGAAGGUCUAAAAAACUACCCGCUGACAGACACUGGAAUAUAUUUUCUAUCUGGGAUGUACAGUACUUAGUCAAAAAGCUUUAAAUCUGACAAUCAAUUGUAAACAUUAAACAUUGCUACAGUAGCACCAAAGAAAUACCAAAAUAAAGCUAAGGAAUAUGUGAAGCGUAAUUUCAGUAUGAGUAAAUGGUACAGGGCUCCAGACUGCUCCUAAAUGGUCAUAUUUUGCCCGUUGCCAGUGUGGGUCAGAAUUUUUCAUUCAUUCGUGCAUUUAUGUAAAGAAAAUAUGACAAUUUGUAGUGUUUUAUGGUUCACCUGAAAUGAAUGAUUAAAGGUUCCGUCUGGUGCAUUUAAGUCCCAUUUAAAGUGCACUUUACCCAAUAACCAACACAACAUAGCUUGAGCCCCUUUCAGCAUGAGUUACGCUCCUGCAUUGCUGUGACGGCGAAGUGACUACGGCGUCAAUGAGCAUUCGACAGUUCUGCGAGGGAAAGUGUUACUCUGUAAUUCACCACCAACCCACUAGAGGGGUGUGGUGUUGUGUUUGUACGGUUUUGGGGCACACUUGUCGACUUCCUCUAGUUCAGGGGUUCCCAACCUAUUCCACUAAGGCACACUGUGGGUGCAGGAUUUCAUUCUUACCAAACAAGAUGACAACACUUUUUCCCCAAUCUGGUGUUUUACAAGUGCAAUCAGUUGAUUGCAGUCAGGUGUGGCUUGUUUUAGCAGAAGCCUCAUUGGUUCAACUGUCUCUGCUGGAUCGGCUGGAACAAAAACCAGGACCCACAGUGUGCCUUGAGGACUGGGUUGAAAACCCCUGCUCUAGUUUAACGGAGAAAAAAUAAAUCAACAAUGCAAGAUGGUAAGCUUGAAUGUGGAUCUUUAGCUUAUCAACAUUGAAUAAUAGUUGAUCAUACAAAUGUUGAGGCGUAGGCGACGCAGAAGACGGUUUCGAGGCGGUCUGUCCGACUUUUGAUGCCACACAGUGACUUCUAGCCUCGGGUGGAAACAGCAAGCUGUGGCGGCUAGCUUCAAACUGGCAUCGAGCACUGUGUCUAGCGUUUUGACCAAGGUCUGCAAAGCCCUCCGGCCCGAUUUGUUUGCCGUAUUCUACAACCAGCUAGUGGGAAGCCAGAGCAGAUUACUGGCGGCUAUGGAACUUACCAAACUGCGUCGGAAGCCUUGAUGUUAACAUUAUCAUAAAAGCACUGAGGUAUUCUCAAUCAAUGAUGAUUUAUUUAAGUGUGAACUGUCUGUUGUUCAAAGUUAAACAUCAAAACAACUCUUUUGACACCAAACCUUUGCUUUAUUCAUCAUAUACUUCAAAUGUGACAUGUAAAUAAGUCACAGACUCACAGCAAACAUAUGUACACAAUAAAUGAUGACGUGCGCAACCAAAAAUAUGACAUAAAGUAAUAAAAAGCUGGCAGUUUUUGGCCGACUGGGUCACCGCUUCGUGUGGCCACUCGAUUCCGAACACGCACAUACUUGUCUCAGUGGUUCUUCCAUUUUUUUGACGUGUGUAGAAAAAUCAUGUUUGACAAUGACGGUGAUUUCGCGCUGAACCGGAAACAACAGUCAGAGCGGACCAAUCACAGUCCAUUUCCACCACGUCACACGCGUUGACGCGAAGUCAGAAAAUUGAGAAGGAACAAGAGAGGCUACGGCGGAGGGUCGUAAAUCGGGUCUUCCUUGACGACGCAGGUCUGCCGCGGAAGCAUAACUCGGCCUUUACAUCCCACUAAAUUACCGUGUAAGAUGACGUGGGAGUUACCUGUGUCAUGGCUUUAAGACAUGGGGAGAUGUACCGGAAAUUACCAGGGUUGGACACUUUCAGACUUGACAGGCGACUCUUUCAAAGAUGGACAAUGGACUGUCUCUUCCUUGGCUCUAAGAUGCACUAGCAAUUUAAUUUCGUUAUGUUUCCAGUUUAAUUUUGCUAUCCUUGCAGCGAUGUUUGUUUACCACUUUUCGUCUUACUGCGAUGAAAAAGGAAAUGCCAAUUGACCCACCAUGAUAUUUACAUCGUGAGUCUUCGCGCUGUGACCCGGGAAUUAAACAGCUGCUUUAACACAUCCUGCGUCUUGGGUAAAUUAUGGGCAUUAUACUAGGAGGCGACACGGCUAAUGUCCGUGUCAUCUCCGUGUAAGGCGACCUGGGAAAUCGCUUUCAGACAUAAGGGCAGGGGCGGACUGGGACUAAAAAGCAGCCCUGGACUUUGACUCAGCCCAGCCCAUAAGAAUCGCUAUACGAAGGGAAACACAGACCCCAUAGGGGGGUCCGGGAACAUGCCCCUCCCGGGGGAAUUUUUUUUUUUUUU